GUGAACGAUUUGCUCGUUGGUGACGUGACGGCAUUGUGCGAGCGCGUUCGGUAAAGUGAGCGACAUUAUCGUGGGUAUCUGCAAUUGUCGCUGUCGUCCCUGUGCUGCAUAUACCAGCUGAUAACGAGUUAGGCGCUAGGCGCAAUGCCAGCGCUCCGCCACUGAGCCAAGUAAAGGCAAAAGGAUCGACCGAAGGCUUCGAAAAGAACGAUGAUGCCAAGUCUGCUUAUGGCAUGAAUAGGUGCAACACAGGCCAGUUGCACACUUAUAUAAGUAAUUUUCUUGCAGAACAUUCCAAAUUCACAGCGUGAAACACGUUCCACCCAAUCAUCCAUGACCACUUCAGAAUCCUCACCGCUACUCGAAAAUGGCGGUUCUUCAGGUCAUAGAGAUCUUUCUUUGACUCGUCGCGUUGUCAAUUUCAUGAAAGGCGAAGACGAGCCGUCAUGGGCAGAAUCUUUCAAUUUCUUUUUUCUUGGGACGUGGUUCAAUGUCCUACUCGUAUUCAUCCCCUUGAGCUUCAUAUCUCACAACUUGGACUGGGAUGCUGGCCUAAUAUUCCUGUUCAGCUUUAUGGCUAUCGUUCCCUUGGCUAAGUUGCUGGGCGAGGCUACAGACCAACUGUCUAUCAAAUUAGGAGAAACUAUGUCAGGUCUCCUUAAUGCAUCCUUUGGGAAUGCCGUAGAAAUUAUUGUCGGCGUUGCUGCUUUACUCAAUGGCCAACUGCGAAUCGUCCAGACGUCUAUGCUUGGAUCGAUCUUAUCAAACAUACUACUCGUCCUCGGUUGUUCGUUUCUUGCUGGUGGAUUAUAUCAUGAAGAAGGAAUUUUCAAUGGUACUGGGGCUCAGGCAUCUGCCUCCCUUAUGACUCUAUCGUGCAUCACGCUUGUUAUUCCUGCAGCCUAUGCAAGUACCACGGAAGCUGGAAUGCAGAAUUAUUGCGAUGAUGCUUCUGAAUGUCCUACUGCGGGUCUACUCUUGAUUUCCAGGGGAACUGCCAUGUUGCUCCUGGGAGUUUACUGUGCCUACAUUUGCGUUCAGUUAAAAACUCACCCCAAACUCUUCAUUGCGCCUACAGAUGAAUCAAACAAUGAGGAACCAGAGGAAACAGUACCUCGUAUGGGAACAGCCGCUGCCGGUGUUGCACUUUUAUCGGUAACUGUGGUCAUCGCAUUUUGUGCUGAGUAUCUGGUUUCCUCCAUUGAAGAAACUGCAGUGCGCUAUUCCAUCCCGAAGGUUUUCAUCGGUGUUGUCUUGUUGCCGAUUGUGGGCAAUGCUGCAGAACACGUCACUUCAGUCUGGAUGGCAAUGAAGAAUAAAUACGAGCUCACCAUCACCAUCUGCAUUGGGAGUUCAAUUCAAAUUGCCUGUUUCGUAGUGCCACUUCUUGUGAUCGUCGGUUGGAUAGUCGGUCAACCUUUGACGUUGCACUUCCACAACUUCGAGACGAUCGUUCUUUUUGUAUCUGUCUUCCUUGUCAACCUAUUAAUCAUGGACGGAAGAUCGAAUUAUAUGGAAGGUCUCAUGCUCCUUACCCUCUAUUUGGUCAUCGCCAUUGCAUUUUGGGUAACCUGAUAUAUAUCACUUAUGAUCGUGAUUAUCGGCGGCUGACGCCUCUCCCUACUGUUCUCUCCCAAGUCCCUUUGACGGCGGGGGGCCAAAGCAGCUACCAACAAACUGAUUUCUGUGCCACCUAUUUAGGCAUCACUUAAACAUAUGUAGUAAAUUAUCGAAGGGAAACCAAUAAUAACUUGCAAAUGUGAACGUUCACUUUUCUGAGAUAAGGCUGUCUCCCUGGAGCUCUUCGAAUUUCUUGCGCGCCAUGCAGAUGUUCAUCUUAAUGGCUGCUGUCUCUGUAUGUGUGAAUGUGAGCUGAAGC